UGUAUGUGAGAGAUCGGGUUCUGCACAAACUCGGGGGGAAGAUGAGCACUCUGCUCACUGUUGUGAUCUUUGGCUCCUUGUUAUGGGAAAUACUAGUGCAUCUCUCCCUCGCCAUGGGGCAGCCCUCAGCAGGAUUCAUAAAUAUUGACUGCGGCAGCCAUUUUGAAAGUAAUGUAGAUCCCUAUACUAAUGUCACAUACUUUUCCGAUUCCAAGCUCAUGGAAUUUGGUGAAAUUAAGAGUCCCGACUCCAGUUAUAUUGAGGACAGGUUGAAAUACCUCUGGAAGGUUAGGACCUUCCCAAAGGGAAACAGGACUUGUUACAAGUUGCAGCCCGUCACUCCCGGCUCCAAGUAUUUGAUUCGGCCUAAUUUCUUGUAUGGGAAUUUCGAUGGAUUGAAUUCGUUCCCUCAGUUUGAUUUGUACCUCGACAACACAUUUGCGCAGACGGUCAAUGCCUCGGUAUCAGAGUGGCAGGUCUACGAGUUCAUAGUGAAGGCAACAAGGAGCUGCCUGACGCUUUGCCUGUGCAGGACAAACGAGCGUGACCCUUUCAUAUCAGCCAUUGAGCUUCGCCCCAUGCCCGAUGCCAUUUAUCCUGUCGUCAAUGCUACACUGGCUCUCAAUAUGCUGUCUAGACAAAAUUUUGGAAGACGGGAUCGCAACUGGUACAGGUUCCCCGAUGAUACUUUGGAUCGCAUCUGGUGGUCCCCAGUAUCGAACGGUUUGGGUUCUAUCAAUACCACAGAAUCUAUUUCACCAACAGAUGACCAGUAUGUGCCACCGUCGUUCGUGAUGCAGACUGCUGAUAUCAAUUUAGACGCCAAACGAGGAAUACAAUGGAGUUCAACAACUAUCGCGCAAGAUGCCGACUUGUUCAUGUGCAUACAUUUUGCAGAACUCAAAAAAUUGGAGCCCAACGAGACCAGAGAAUUCGACAUCACCGUGGAUUCCAAACCAUGGCAUGGUGCCUUCAGUCCUACAUAUCUAACUGCCACAACCCUAUGUUCCACAAGCAUCUACCGAUCGCAGAACAACCUGGUGGAGUUUAAUCCAACGGAACGCUCUACACUUUCACCAAUCGUAAACGCGAUGGAACUUUAUGCCGUUCUGCAGUUGUCCGGUUCUGCAACCGAUGAUGCAGAUGCCAGCUCAUUGGUGGAUAUCAGGGACGAGUAUCGGAUCAAUAAGACCUGGACAGGGGAUCCUUGUCUACCUCUAAACUACACAUGGGAAGGCCUGGUUUGCAGCAAUAAUACAUUCUCCCCAAGGGUUAUUUCAUUGGAUUUGUCAAACAGUGGAUUAAGUGGUCAGAUCCCUUCAAGUUUGGCCAACUUUGCUGCCUUAGUUAACUUAAAUUUGUCUGGCAAUAAUCUAACAGGCAAUAUACCCGUCUUUCUUGCUAAUCUACCCCAGUUGGAGAUACUAGAUUUGUCAGACAAUGAUCUUGGUGGUUGCAUGCCUGAUGAACUCAAGAAGAAGCUGGAAAGUGGAAGCCUUAAGUUCAGAAGUUCGGGAAACGAGAAGCUUCUCUCUUCGGGAGUCUGUACUCCCCAUCGAAAGCAAUCCUGGAAACGGCUCACCAUUGGAACAACCGUUUCAGCUGCUCUACUAUUUCUGCUGCUAGCCUCUUCAAUCAUUUUUGUGAAGACGAAGAAAAGAAACCCACCUGGUGAAAAAGCAUAUUCAGGCAGUAGUAAAGGAUCUGUAGACAAGAAUACUGGCUGCCAAGUUUUCACUUACUCGGAAGUUGUCGCUAUCACCAUCAAUUUUAAACAGAAAAUCGGGCAAGGUGGUUUUGGCUCCGUAUACCUCGGCCAUUUACAAGGGCAAGACGUAGCUGUCAAAAUGAUUUCUCACAAAUCCAAGCAAGGCUCCAAGGAGUUUUAUACCGAGGUCGCUUUGCUCUCAAGGGUUCACCACCGAAAUCUUGUACACUUUAUUGGAUAUUGUGAUGAAGAUGAAAACAUGAUUUUACUCUAUGAGUUCCUGUCAAGUGGAAAUCUUGGUCAAGCUUUGUCAGGAUUUGCAGAAGUCGAUUUGGAUUGGAAUCGAAGACUGCAAAUUGCACUGGAUGCUGCUCAAGGAUUGGACUACCUACACGCAGGGUGCAAGCCUGCCAUAAUUCAUAGAGAUGUAAAGAGCACCAACAUUCUCCUAAAUGACAAGUUUGAAGCCAAAAUAGCAGAUUUUGGCCUAUCAAAGUCUGGGAUGCCCGACGGUUUCAGUCAUGUAUCAACUGUCGUUGCGGGCACCCCUGGUUAUCUGGAUCCAGAAUAUUCCACAUCCUGCUGGUUAAAUGAGAAGAGUGACGUGUAUAGUUUUGGAGUCGUGCUUCUAGAACUCUUCUCGGGAAAACUACAUGUUAUCGAUGAGGCAUCAAACAAAAGAAUUCACAUUGUUGAAUGGGUACAGCAAAAUGUUUUAAGAAGGAAUCAUGCAAAUGUUGCAGAUCCAAGACUUUGUGGGAGAUAUGAUGUUGGUUCAUUGUGGAGGGUAGUGGACUUGGCAUUGCUGUGCACUAGAGAUAAGGGCAUCAACAGGCCAAAUAUGAGUUACGUAGUAACAGAACUAAAAGAAGUCAUUAUGUUGUGCGGACCAACGCAGGUCCAACACGAACUAGAGGAGUGCAACUAUUCCCAAAGUUCUGGAUCUGCUCCCAUGGUGCUUCCAUUUCCUACUUCACUGUAAAACUUAACUCGUCAACUCUCUUCCCUAGCAUUUGUCACAAGGUUCGUUGGAUGCAUUAAACACCUUAUAGGUUUUUAUCUAAUGUUCGAUCCACUCUUGCCUGGACACUUGGGUUCAUUAGAAUAAAAACUCCAUGUCUGUGUUUUGGAUUUGAUAUGUUGGCAUUGGUCCUGAUCGGGACUAA